AUGGCCCAAGCUAGUGCCCGUGUGCUUCAGAGCGGCGUGCGCCUGCCUCCAAUGCCCACAAUUCGGGAGCUGGUGAAGCUCUACAGACUACAGGCCCGAAAACAACUUAGCCAGAACUUUCUCAUGGACGAGCGGCUGACGGACAAGAUAGUCAAGUCGGCGGGUCGCAUCGAUCCCAGAGAUUUAGUUUUAGAGGUCGGUCCCGGGCCGGGCGGUAUCACCCGUUCUAUUCUGCGGCGGCACCCACAGCGAUUGCUGCUUGUGGAAAAGGAUCCGCGCUUUGGCGAAACACUGCAGUUGCUUAAGGAGUGCGCUAGUCCACUAAACAUCCAGUUCGAUAUCCACUAUGAUGACAUCUUGCGCUUUAACAUGGAGCAGCACAUCCCGGACACCUCACAGCGGAUCCAUCUGAUUGGCAAUCUGCCGUUCGCCAUAUCCACUCGACUGUUGAUCAAUUGGCUAGAGGAUUUGUCUUGCAGGCGUGGUGCUUUCCGGCGCAUCGACACCUGUAUGACUCUGACCUUCCAGAAAGAGGUGGCCGAUCGAAUUUGUGCCCCUGUAGGCGGCGAACAGCGCUGCAGGCUGUCGGUGAUGUCGCAGGUGUGGACAGAACCCGUCAUGAAGUUCACCAUACCGGGCAAAGCGUUCGUUCCAAAGCCACAGGUGGAUGUGGGCGUCGUCAAGCUAAUUCCCCUAAAGCGCCCCAAGACGCAAUUGCCGUUUCCCCUUGUUGAGCGCGUGGUGCGUCACAUCUUUAGCAUGCGCCAGAAGUACUGUCGCCGAGGCUUUGGAACCCUUCUUCCUCCUGAUGAUCGCGAGGAGGUUACGCAAAAGCUCUUCCAGCGCGCCGAGGUACAGGAUACGCUGCGUUCCUUUGAACUCACGGUGGAGCAGUGUUUGCGGUUGGCCGAAGUCUAUUCGGAACAUCUGGUGUCGCGACCCGAGGUGGCUGCCUAUGAUUACCGAGCGCCCAAGAAUGCGGAGGUCCUUUAAAGCAACGAUUUCACUCCUGUUUAUAAAUAUGGUAAAAUGUAUUUAAUUAGUUGAGUAAACACAAGACUCUAAAAGCUGUA